AAUAAAUCCAUCAAGCUGAGUGAAAUCGCUCGUGGGAUGAUAGUUUGCUCGUAAAUUGUCUAGUUCGUUCAAAUAAGAUGGAGAUAGGAACGGAAAUAAGCCAUAAGAUAAGGUUGGCAAUCAAAAAUAAAUUGGUGGAUUUGGGAGCUUAUGUUGAUGAUGAGUUACCAGAUUAUAUAAUGGUUAUGAUCGCUAACAAGAAGUCACAGCAGCAGAUGACUGAUGACCUGUCAUUAUUUUUGGGAAAUAAUACAGAUAAAUUCACAGACUGGCUACAUGGUGUUUUACAUAAGCUGCAGACGGCGACCUUGGAAUCAUCAACAAAACAACAAAAUAUGGUUCUUGAAGACAGUCUUACUCAGGAGGAGGUACUUGUUCCACAAAUAGAGCCUGCCAAGCCAGAACACCAGCCUCGCCAACAUGAAACAGCAGUGGAACCAAAGGUCACUGACAAGUUGCCAUCACCAGAACCAGUAUCCAUGUCAGAACCACAGGAAGCGAUAAUAUCUCUCAAACCUGAGACAGAUGAUUUGAUGGAUGAAGAACUCAAAUUUGAAAGUUCACCUAUUCCAGUUGUUAUGACAGAGCACAAACAGAAAGCGACAGUGCCCCCUACACAACCCAGGUAUAUGGCUACUGCCAGCACCAGGGUUUCAUCUGCCACAACAACACCAGCAGUGAGUGAAGCCAAAUUUGUCAGCAAGGUGCAGCCCGUUGCCAGAAAGCGGAGAGCUCCAGGUUCUGUGAUUGGCCAGGUUUUAUCCCAUGAUUUUGAAGAUGACGAUGAUGACGUAAAACAUAUGAAAGCUGGAAGUGUCGCCAGUGUUGUGAGAAUAUCAGAAAGAAGGACAAGUUUACCUCCUUCAAAGCAAGCCAACAGAGCAUUGGUUUUGAAAGCUGUCAAUGAAGCACACGAUUCCACUUCAAUGAUUGCUAGGAGACAAAGACCCUCCAACCUUAGUAGCAGACAAGCCAACAAAAACAUUCUAAUGAAAGCAAUCGGCGAUGCCCAGGAGUCUAUUUCCCAUCGUCGACCAGUAACUGGAAAACUUAUACAAAUUGUACGUCGAGUAGAGCCUUCUUCGACUGCCACAUCUACUGCUGCUGCAGAAUCCAUUGGACACGUGUCGAGAACUUAUAUUCACGAAAAAGAACAGCGAGUGGCCACUGCCCCGUAUUUGGAAGAAGAAAACCUGCAAAUUGAGGAACUUGAAGUGGAAGAGAGUAUCUCAGACAAGGAAGCGAUAGAACAGAAAGAUCAUGUUAGAUUCUAUGUUAUUAAAAAACAAGACACUCCUCCUGUAAUGAGCCGGACAAUCGCACGGGAAUAUGCCAUCCCUAGUAGAAAUGUAUCCAGUAGUAGCCCGUAUAAUAUGGAUGUAGUAACAAGGCCUAUCAGACAUGGGGAUCAGAGAAUAAUACAGCAAGCUGAUCACGGUGAUGAUAAUGUUGACGACGGUGACUACGAUGAUGCUGAUAGUAUUAACAGUGCUGAAGAACAAGUCGAAGUAGUACUGCCAAUACCACAACCACCACCUCAACAUCAGUUUGAUGUUAAACGAGUCAGGACAGAUUCAUUUGAAAGCACAAGAGUUGUUCAGCCAGUUGAACGACCCAGAACUGUCAGUCCCAAGUUCAUUGUCACGCUGGAUGGCGUGAAUCCUCCCUCAACUAGGAAAAAACGCUUAACAAGAAAAAAGCGAACACGUCCAACACUGAUGAUCCAACCAAAUGUCGCAAACCGACCCGCACCGGAUAACACCUUUGAUGAUGAGGGAGUCGGUGAUGAACUGGAUGAAGAUGAGGAUUAUGAAGAUGAGCAAGAGGAUGAAGAGGAUGACUAUAUGGAAGAGGCACCAGUACAGCAGCAGAUGGUGCAGCCUAUAGUAAUACACAAAGUAAUGCCCACACAAGAUGAAGAAAUGCCUUCUGAAAGAAGUCCCCCAAAGAAAUCUAAAAUGGUAGAAAGAUGUAAAUUUUGGCCAACAUGUAAAAGUGGUUCUGCAUGUCCAUAUCAUCAUCCAAAUGUUCCAUGCAAGGCUUUUCCAAAGUGCAGAUAUGAAGACAAAUGCCGAUAUAUUCAUCCAAAUUGUAAAUAUGACGCCAGAUGUAAUAAAACAGAUUGUCCAUUUACACAUGCCAGUAAGAGAAUGUACCCACCCUUAUAUUCACCCAAACAGCCACCACCGGCGCCACCCCCCUCACCAGUUAUCAGACCAGCUGGCAUCCAUUAUCCACUGACAGUAUCAUUGCCUCCACAUCAAGUAUUGUGUCGAUUCUUCCCAGAGAAUUGCAAAAAAAUGGACUGUCCUUAUUUACACCCAAAGACUUGUAGGUAUGGAUUAAAAUGUACACGACCAGACUGUAAAUACCACCAUCCAAAGAUAACAAUGGGAGAUGCUUUAAAAUGGGUAAAACCAAGUGCAAAUCGGUCAACUAGUUCCAGAUGAUUCAUUGUCUUCAGAGAAACCUCUCUUUUCGUUAGCUGCCACGUAUUUGUGAAAAAGGGUGAAAAUGCUGUUUAUUUCAGACAAGUUUUCAUCUUAAGCAACAUCUUAAACAUGUUACACUUGUCCUAUCAACUUGAAGAAUGUAAUUUACCAAGUCAACAGUGUUUUCUUUACUAAGGUUUAUUUACAGAGUCUUCAUACUUCAAUCUAUUCCUGGUUUAACAGUCUCUAGUGACUUUUCAUAAUACAUGUACAUUCUAACAGUAUUGUACUGCAGAGAAAUCACUAUGUUAACAUUUUGCAACUCAACUGCAGUACAUUUCUUACCACUUUGGUGUAGAUACUUAGAUGAGUUAUGAAAAGCUGUAGGAUGUUUUUUUUAACGAACAAUUGUGUAAGCCGUUUCCAAGAAAAUUGUGUAAUUGCAUUAUACCUUACUCCACUGGCUGGGCACACUGUUUGGAGGUUAUUCCACUAGCUGGGCACACUGUUUGGAAUUUAUUCCACUAGCUGGGCACACUGUUUGGAGGUUACUCCACUGGCUGGGCACACUGUUUGGAGGUUAUUCCACUAGCUGGGCACACUGUUUGGAGGUCACUCCACUAGCUGGGCACACUGUUUGGAGGUUACUCCACUGGCUGGGCACACUGUUUGGAGGUUACUCCACUAGCUGGGCACACUGUUUGGAGGUUACUCCACUAGCUGGGCACACUGUUUGGAGGUUACUCCACUGGCUGGGCACACUGUUUGGAGGUUACUCCACUAGCUGGGCACACUGUUUGGAGGUUACUCCACUAACUGGGCACACUGUUUGGAGGUUACUCCACUAGCUGGGCACACUGUUUGGAGGUUACUCCACUGGCUGGGCACACUGUUUGGAGGUUACUCCACUGGCUGGGCACACUGUUUGGAGGUUACUCCACUAGCUGGGCACACUGUUUGGAGGUUACUCCACUGGCUGGGCACACUGUUUGGAGGUUACUCCACUAGCUGGGCACACUGUUUGGAGGUUGACCUUGAACUUAUUGUAAAACAGCCAAUAGAAUUAAUUAAUAUUGGUAAUAUCCAUAUUUGCCUCAGUGAAGUAAGGGUGUAUUGUAGAACACUGCACACAUUUUUAAUUGUUUUGAUAUGACACAUGUAAAUUGUGAUGUGAUACUAAUCACAUGUUCUGUAUAAAGGCGAUUCCAAUGAGCAAUUACCGUAGUUGUCCAAGUAUAAACCCCUCUGGGAAAACGACAAAUUGGGGGGGGGGGGCUUUAUAAACGGAUAAGAGUUAAAACUUCUCCCGAGCUAUAAUUUAUGCAUAAACAAAUCGUUGUGUGUACGAUACUAGAAUGUCUUCAUCGACUAGCAUCGUCCAAAAUAAAUGGCUUGUUGUAAAUUUAGAGGGGGGCUUAUCCUCGGACAACUACGGUAGUACAACAAAUAAGAAUACAAGUUGGGACUUAAUAGAGUCAGGAUGCCUUUAAUGAACUAAAUUGGAGUUUAAUUAUGAA